AUGCAAACGGAGGACGAGAGGAAGACAAGAAGAUGGAAAGAGUGUAGUCCGUGUACAGCUGGCAAUUGUAACCACGAAUGCUAUGUCACCUACGUUUCUGGUUUAUACAGCUGCGAGUGGGAGGCCAAACCAGAGAACAAAAAUAGACGUGCAUUCUGCUGCUGCUCUUUGAGAGAGCAAUUAUUUUACCCAUUUCUGGUUAUUGCAUUUUUCAUGUCUCUGGUUUUGCUGUUCGUGUGGAUAGAGACCUCAAAUGAAUAUAAUGGCUUUGACUGGGUUGUGUAUCUACUUACAGGAUACUGGUACUUCUGGUCCCUUCUUUUGCUGAGUUUAUUUGGAAUCCUGGCUGCCUACUCUUCAUUGCUGUUGGUACUUGGAUUUUUGUUGAUUUGGGAAGGGAAUGAACUCUACCUGCACUGGUGUCAUAAGAUCCUGACUGUGCUAGUGAUUGGGAUAUGCACGUUUUUUAUGACGGUUUUAUGCAAAUACUGGAACGACAGGUGGCUGACAUUGGGGCUCUCACUGAAGGUCUUUGCUCCCUACUUGCACCUGAGCAGCAUACCUGUGAUGGUUCUCCUUUCCUGGCCUGUGGCCUUCUACUUGGUCCAUUGGGAACAAGAAGCUAGAUUCAGAAGAGACAAGAGUAUACAUCAAAGGAGAAGAGUCCAGAGAUGUACUAGGCUCACAAAGCUGAGAGCUGUACAAGUGACUGUUGGAUUGCCAUUUUUUCUUAUCCUUUUAUGUCUGUUUAUGGUGCCAUUUGGGAUUUAUUCUCCCUGCCUUCAGGAGAAGGAUAAAUUGGGACCCAAGCCAGGCAUCUUUGGACAUAGAGGUGCACCCAUGCUGGGCCCUGAGAAUACCAUGAUGUCCUUUGAGAAAGCUGUCGAACACGGGGCCUUUGGGCUGGAGUCUGAUGUAUACCUGAGUUGUGAUGGGGUGCCUUUUCUCAUGCAUGACCAUGACCUGAGAAGAACAACCAACAUCAAGGAGAUCAUGCCAGAAGAUGCCCACAAUUUAAGUCACUUCUUCUAUUGGGAUGUCCUGAAAACUCUGAAUGCUGGCAGCUGGUUUGUACAAUCACGGCUCAAACCAUUUUACAAUAUGAAACCCUUAUCAGAAGCUGAUAGAGAAAAAGCAAGAAAUCAGAGGAUUCCAAAACUAAGUGAUUUAAUGGAACUUGCACAAAAGGAGAGAAAAUUUGUGAUAUUUGAUCUUUCUAGCCCUCCAGAAAAACACCCUUUCAGAAACACAUUUAUCCGUGAAACAGUACGUGUGAUCCUUGACUCUAACAUUGAGCAACAUCUGAUUUAUUGGUUGCCAGGUAGUGAUAGGAACUAUGUCAAGUCAAAAGCUCCUGGUUUUCAGCAAGUGGGCCGGUUAUACCCCAUUGAAUUACUUAGAAAAGAGAAUAUCAGUAUAAUAAAUGUUGACUACAAGAGGUUGUUCUACAACGGGUUGAGAGAUUAUAAAGCAGCCAACAUCACCAUCAACUUGUACCUUGUCAAUGAGCCUUGGCUCUUCUCACUGGCCUGGUGCUCCAGGAUUCAUUCAGUGACCACAGACAACAUUGAGCUCCUGAAGCAGAUAAAUGUCCCUUACUACCUCAUGACACCAGGUUACUAUAUGUUCAUGUGGCUUCUCCUAGAUUGUGUUUCUGCAGUUUUUAUUGCUGCCAUAUUUUAUUUUCAUUGGUGGAGAGAAAGCCAAAAAGAGAGAGUCUUCGAAAGCAUUAGCAGUUUCACAGAUGUUGAGAAUAUAAGCCUCAAAAGGAGAGAAAGUGAGAAACAAGAAGCCUUGAAUGUACCCGUAGAACAGAUACCUUCCUAAGUUAGGGCAGGCCCUCAGGCUCCAGCAGCCUCUGCCCCAGACGUCACCAGAGCAAAAGGAAACACCCAGGGUCCAAGGAGGAGGACAGCAAAACAGAGCCGGCCCAGGAAACCACCAAAUCUCUGGUGCCUGCAUGGAAAACUAUACCACUGA